CCGGCCGUGGCCUCGAGCUCCGUCCCCGCAGGGCUCCGGGCGGCCGUGACCCUGCUGGAGUCCGGGGGGACCUCCAGCCCCCCGGGGGGGUCCCUGCGCCUCCUCUGCCGCGCCUCGGGCUUCGAUUUCGGGAGCUACGAAAUGGACUGGGUGCGCCAGAGACCCGGGCAGGCGCUGGAGUGGGUCGGGAGCAUCAACACCGGUGGCAGCACCUGGUACGCGCCGUCGGUGCGGGGCCGGGCGACGAUCUCCAGGGACAACGGGCAGAGCUCGGUGACGCUGGCCAUGAACGGCCUCAAGGACGAGGAUUCCGGCUCCUGUUUCUGUGCCAAAUAUGCCGGUGCUGGUGGUUGGGCUGCUGGUGCUGGUGGUUGCUGUGAUUCCUCCGCCGGUGCUCCCGGUAUCGAUGCCGGUGCCGGCUCCGGCCCCGACCCGGCAGAGCCCGACGGGAGCGCGGCGGAACAACAAUCAAUCAAAAAUCCACCCAAAUCCUCGACCCCCAGCCCCCCCGGGGGGUCCCUGCGCCUCCUCUGCCGCGCCUCGGGGUUCACUUUCGGGAGCUACGGAAUGUUCUGGAUCACGCUGGAAUUCGUCGCGGGGAUCAACAGCGGUGGUGGCGACACCAGAUACGCGCCGUCGGCGCGGGGCCGGUUCAGGAUCUCCCGGGCCAACGGGCAGAGCUCGGUGACGCUGACCAUGAACGGCCUCAAGGACGAGGAUUCCGGCUCCCGUUUCUGUGCCAGGAACGCCGAUGGUGGUGGCACUUGGGGGGCUCCCGCUGGCUCUCGAUUUCGCCCCAUCCCCAUCCCCGGUCCUCGCCUGUCCCCAACCCCGCAUCCUCCCCUCCCACCCUUGACCCCAUUGCCAGGAUUGGGGCGCUCGGCUGAGACUUGGAGCCGAGGGCUGAGCUUUGGUGCCCGCAGCUGA